AUGGGAGUCAUGACAUUCGAAGAUAUUGUCAAUGCCAAGAAAGCUUUGUUAAAAUCUGUCAAGGAAAAUAGAACUCCGAUGGUUCUUGAUAUCAUGAACCGCUUAAAAGAAGAGGCUAUUGUAACGAAGGAUUUAUUAAAGAGAACCGAGAUUGGUGUUGUUGUUGGAAAGCAAAGGGGGCAUCCAAAUAAAGAUGUUUCGUUACUUGCUAAAGAAUUAGUGAAGAAGUGGAAAGGCGCAAUAGUAACCGGACCGUCUCCUAAUAACGCUGGACCUUCUACUCGUCCUAAUAAUAACGCUCGACCAGCUUCUCACCCCAAUAAUUCCGCUGGCGCAUCUCCUGGUGCUAGUACAAAUAAUAGCGCUAGCCCAAAUAAUACGACUAGUCCAAAUAAUACUUCAACCAGUCCCUCUCGACCUACUCGACCAAAUAAUAUCACUCGUGUUGCCCAAUCUACAAAUAAUGUUUCCGGUGCUGCUCAAACCACUCGUCCAAAUAAUGUCGCUGGUGCUACCCAAACUACUCGACCAAAUAAUAUCGCUCGUGCUGUUCAACCGAAUAAUGUUGCUGGUUCUGCUCAAACCACUCGUCCAAAUAAUGUCACUAGUCAAACUACUCGAUCAAAUAUUAACAAAGCUACUACUCAACCUACUCGCACAAAUUCUAUCUCCGAUUCAUCAUCUCGUUCAAAUCUCAACAAAGCUAAUGUUUCUCAACCUACUCGCACAAAUGCUGUUGCUGGUCUAUCUUCUCGUUCAAAUACUUCUGGAUCAUCAUCUCGCACUGGUCCUAUUAAAUCUGAUCUAGCUGCUCGCCCUCAUAAUAACGCCGGACCAUAUUCUCGCCCUAAUAAUAAAGUCGGACCAAAUUCUCAAUCUCGCCCUAAUAUAGCAUCCCCAAGCUCCACAAGUUCGAUGACUUCCCCUCAAUCUCAAGCGACAACUUCUUCAUCGAAUGAUAAUGAAAAAUCAAACGAGCAACGAACAUUCAAAUCCGAUAAAGUCAAAUGGACCACAGGUGUCGAUGUGCGUGACCGAUGCAUAGCAUUGUUAUAUGAUGCAAUGUCCUUUGAUGCUGGGGCUGAUAUAGAAUCCGAGACCCUCACUGUACGAGCAACGGGAAUUGAAGAAACCGUUUUCGAACAAUUUCGUGGGGUCCCAAGCCAAUGUUACCGCGACAAACUUCGGGGUUUAAUCUCAAAUCUCAGAGAUAAAAAUAAUCCUAACCUUCGAAGAAAGAUCAUGAAUGGAGAAUUACCUAUCGAUACCUUUUGCACAAUGUCGAAGGAGGAAAUGGUCUCGGAUGAUCGAAAGGCCAAAGACAAGGAAAUCCAAGAAGCCAAUCUUUUCAAAGCUCGAUCUGCAGGGCCUGCCCAGGCUGAGACCGAAAUGUUCCAUAUGGCUUGUUCUGGAGUUUGUAAAGGUUGGAUUAAACAUGCAACCCUUAUAAACAAUUGUUAUCCUACCGGACCUGGAGAAACGGGUCCCAAAUCAAGUGAACUUUCUUAUCUCAUAUUUUAUGCAAACUCAAAGCCAGCAAAACUUACAAAGUGUGGUGUGUAUUUGGAUAAAAGGGUUUCUACUGAUGUUCGUAAGCGAAAAAAACUGGAUACAGAAGUUUCUUUACAAAUCGUUAAAGCUCUUUUGGAUUCCUGUAAUUAUAAUUUAAAUUUAUUCUCGAAGAAUGUCCUCAAAAUUAUUUUGGCUUCACUGAGUACAAAUGAUAUUGAUAUCGUCUCUCGUGCUGCCUCUGUGUUUAUUACUUUCUGUUCAUAUCAUGAUGGGUCCACACUUGGUGUUGAUACAGAAUUUACUGAAAUCUAUGAAAAUUUAAUUCUAUCAUUUGCGCAAUAUUCUAUAUGUAAAGAGUCCGAUUUAAAUAUUGAAUGGAGGUAUCGGUCUAUUGGACUUCAUGCUCUUCAAGGGGUUAUUACAUCUGAAGCUUUACGCGCGACUAAUGCUCAAACUCAAUUACAAUAUAUUGUUCCAGCAGUAUUACACAAUUUGUCUGAUGAAAAUAUUAGUUUAGAAACUUUACAAAAAAAAGAUAUAGAUAAAGAGCCUACCAAUAAUGAUUCUUCACGGUCGCGUCGAUUUUCCCUUAAUAUCACAACUACUUCAGCUGAAGAUAAUGCAAAUCUUGCAUAUCAAUGUUUGAAACAAUUAUACAAAAAGUCAGAUACCUCCAACUUACAUUAUUAUUUAGAGCCCACUUUUAAUUUUUUGGAUGAAACUAAUAAUUGGAGGCCAAGUUCUUUCGGAAUAAGUUUAAUCUUGAUUAUUCUUUCUUCUCUCCAGGAACGUAAUGCUCUAGUUUCUGAUAUAAUAGGACAACUUGAAAAUUUGUCAGAUGAUUCAAAUUCCGUGCAAAAGAAAGCUACCCUUGUCGAAAUGUUAUCAUCUAUUUUGAAUAGCGAUUUUACCAUAGUAGGAUUGUCUACACUAGAAGUUUUGGAUUGUUUACUUCGUUUAUUAAAAGAUUCUUUGAAGAAUGCAAACGACGAAAAUGUUGAAGAAUCUCAUGAUUUAGAUACAUUUAUUAGUCAAAGACUUAUAUCUUGCAUUGGUGGAUUGGCAACUCAUAUUUAUUAUGCUAACCAAAUUAGUGAUAUUGUGGAACAUAUUAUUCAACAUUUAUGUUUGCAAUCUGAUAUAUUAGAUUUUUCUCAAUCUUCUCAACGAGUUGGUGGUAGCAAUCAAAGUUUCAUUGACGAAGGAAUACCAUUAUCUGAUUUACGUAAUUCAUUAUUAAAGUGUUUGGAUGUCGUUGUGCAAACAAAUAAAGAUGCUGAAUUGAGGCAUUCAGAAAUGACGAGGUGUGACGUACCGGUUGAAAUAUUUCAUAAUUCGAUCGGCCUUUGCAUGGAUGAAAAUCUGAAUGUAAGGAUUGCAUUUGCUCAAGUACUUUCAAAGUUUUUGGAUAAUGGAGAUAUGCCACAAGAGUCAAAGGAGAUUGGUUCAACUCAGUUAACAUAUUUCAAUCAACCAGCGAUUCAUUUUCUAAAUACACUUCAUCUGUCACUAUAUCAAUAUGCAAUUUCGAAAAGUUCGCAACCCGCUGAUCAUGUGGCAUUAUUAACAUUAUUACGUGCUUUAUUGGUUCGAUUUCGAGCUGAUCAAAUAAUUCGUGGCAUUCCUGUAGUUUUCAAAUUACAGUCUGAAGCAAAAGAAGAGAACCUUUCAGGUUUUGCUCACCAACGAGCAUUGGCAAGUGUUAUUGUACUUUAUUUCCGCGAUAUUGCAGCAGUUCAAUCAAAGCGUAUGGAAAAACAUCAAUGGUCGACAUAUAUUAAGUCAACUUCAUCUGAAAAUGAUCUUAAUAAUGUAGACACAUCUAAAUCUUUUGAAGAUGAAAUUUUUGAUUCAAACAAUCAUCUUCUGCAACCUAUUGAUAUCUGGUUGGAUCGUCAAGUCAUUGUUCCAAUUUUAUGUCAACAUAAAGAAUUAUUGGAUAUUGGCGGAGAACAACUGCAAGACAAAUUGAUGACAGAAUGGAAACCUGAAGAAGGUUUUGAUGAUAUUAAGAAGGAAGCAUAUAAAAUUAGGUCAAGUAGAAUGAUGGAAGAUGAUAAACCGCGGAUAUCCUUUACUCCUUUUAUUAUGACUUUAGAAGAUAAUUCAGGAGAUUUAACAAAACCUUCAAUUAAAGUAGAAAAUUUAAGGGAUACACUAGCACAACAAAUGAAUGAUUCCUCGGAACAUGAAACAUCGGUAACAUCUGAUUUAGAAUCGAUAAAUAUGGUUCCAUUAGGUAAUGGAGCUGGGAAGAAACGCAAAAAGAAACCAAAAGCAGAUAUAAAUUCAUUUUUACAAUCGAUAGAUAACAAAGCUGCUUCUAGUACGACAAGUUUAGUGAACCCACCAUAUAGAUCCUGA